AACUCGAGAAGAAAGGCCCAUGGGCCCUUGUCCUUUUGGGCUUUUUCUAAUCUCAUUGGACUCUACUUAUGGGCAAAAUAUCGGCUUAAAAGCUUUGAAUCACUUCGAACGGUUCCCUCGUAAGUUUUUUUGGGUCCCGGUUAUGGCCUCGGUAAAUCUAAUCUGAUCUCGAUGUUGAUAACUUCUCUUUUCCGUGGUUGUCAUCCUGAUCCUGCAUAUCUCUAAUUAUAAUUUUCUACUUUAUGACGGUAGCGCAGCUGGACCUAGAGGUUUUAACUCAUCGAUCGAGCAUUUCCCAACCCUGAGAAUCGUAAAGUAUUCAAGAUAUGUCAGCCACAACUGCCGACAAAGGAAGAAAGUUAGGAUAAAUUCAGCAGUAGCGUGUCAGCCGAUUGGUUUACAUUUCUAUUCAUACACUUGAAAAUUUUCGAUUAUCCAUCUCAAACUAUUCAUGAGAAAAGAUUCAGCAAGCCAUUCAAGUAUAUCGAAAUUUGAUGGAUGAGUAAUUGCUCAUUCAGGUAAGUUCUCUAGGUCGAGACUCUCGAAACUCGUAUUUUAAUGCUAUAUCCAUUUUGAUUUAGACUUUUAAUAAGCCUAAUCAAUAGAAGAAAUUCUUCUGUUUCGAUCUACGCAAGACAGGCAUUCAUAGCUUGUUCUGUUCGGAACUUACAGGAUUUUUCUGGAGACCUCCAAUUUCAACCACUUGGACUUUAAUCAUCCGACAAUGUAGUUGGACAGCGGUAACUUAUCAUGCUGACUCGAAUGGUGAUAUUCUUCUUUGAGUUCGAAUUGAUCUGACACUCUCUUAUUUCAAUGUUUUCGAAAUGUUCAUUCUUUCGUUACAUGAAGGCUGAUUGUGGAAUUUCAGAAAUAUUUGGAUUAGAGAGUAAGAUUAUUUGGUACACAAAAGCAAAUAUCAUUCUUCCACUCAUCAAGGUGAAUAACUUCUCUCUAGCUACUCUUUCGUUAAAUAUCAGUUCAAUUGUCUGAAAUAGAGAUAUUCUCAUGAAAAGUCUUAUAACCUCUCCAAAGAAACAAACCGGGAGUAUCAGUUUUGCGUAGAUGAAAAAGAAAGAAUUUUUUCUAUCGAUUAGUCCUGUUAAAAGACAAAUCGUUUCAAAAUAUCGUUUUCGAAAAUCUACACUAAGAAUUCACCUGAUUGAUCGAUUUUUGACCAAUCAAAUUUCGAUAUACUUCAAUGAUCUCAGAUCUCUAUGAGGUUCAGUGGUGGAUUUAGGGGGGGGGGCGCUUGGGGCGAUCGUCCCAUAUCGACACAGCAAAAUAUCGAUUUUUUUCUAGUAGAAACCGCUUAAAAUUCAGCUGAAACUACCUCUAUACAGCUUCAAAAGACGUUUUAUGAGCAUAAUCACCCCUAUUUCAGAAAAUCGUUCCAUAUUGAAAAUUUCCUAGAUCCACCGCUGAUAAUGUUCCUAUCAAAAGUUAUUGCAAAAAAGAAUAGUGCAGCACAUUACAUUUUGAAACGAAUGGUGGUAAAUCUAUGUGUCAUAUAAUAGCAAUUCAUAUAGACAAUUUGAGAUAUUUGAACAAUAUCAUAUUAUUCUAUGCAUUUUACUUCUUUGAUUAGACAUUAUCAAAUAUUAUUGAUGAAUUUUCUCUUGAAUUCAUUGAUGAUAAUCAAUUAUCUAUUUUUCAAAUACCUCUCAAAUAUUCCUGGUUGAAUAAAUUAACUAAUCUCAAUUUAACUGGUAUUCAUUGCCAUUCCAUUGAUUUUAAACAUAUUUUCAAUUCCUUAUAUGUACUUCGAUCAUUAAGUAUUUCACCUUGUUUACUUCUAUAUAUUGAUCAAUUUGAAUGUCAUUGUCAAACAAAAUCAAGUUCUCUUCCAUAUGAAAUUCAUUCAUUAAAUAAAAAUCUUCUUUCACUUAAUCUCGUCUCACAUAUAUCUAAUAUGAAACAAUUAUGUUCAAUAUUUUUUGAUCAAUAUAAAUAUCAUUGUAUUCGUCAUGCAUCAAUUCAUCAAUAUUCUAAUAAUAAUAAUGAAUUAUUAUUUCAAUAUAAAAAUUUAAUUCAUUAUUCAAUUCAAACUCUAAUUCAAACAUUAGAUUUACAUCAUUUAAGUAUACGGAUACCACACUAUGAACUUCAUAUUAAUGAUCUUAAUAUACAAAAUACAAAUCAUUUACAAUCAUUAAUAUUUGAUGUUAAAAUUCCAAUAACAUUUCAUGCAAAACUAACAUAUCUUUAUUCAUUAAAUAUUUUUCAUUAUUUACGUCGAUUUAUUCUUAUUAGUGAUAAUAAUUUUGAAUUAACACCAUUACUUCUUGAUAAAUUUAAUCAACUUGAAAUAAUUGAAAUAAUAUCAAUUAAAUCUCAUCUUAAUCAUGCAAUAAUAAAUUAUCUUCAACGAGUACUUAAUCCAAAUAAUUAUCCUAAUUUAAAUACAUUUCGUAUUUGGAUUGGUAGUGUUGAUGCUAAACAUUUAUUAAAACAUUUGCAUAAAACUGUACGAUUAGCAUUUGAAAAUAUAAAACCAGCAUUUCAAUUUGAUAUUUCUAUUAUUAAUCAUAUAUCAAAAUUAAAUGAAAUAUCGAAAUGUAUUUUAUAUGAUAAUACACAUGAAAUUCAUCAAUAUUUUCAUUCAUUAUUAUCAAUUCAUAAUAAUCAAUUUUCAGUUAUUUAUCCAAGCUUUUUAAAUUAUAAACCAUUGUAUAGUGAACAAGUAUUUGAUAAAUAA